UUGGCGGCGGCGCGUCCUAAAGCAAUGGCGGCGGGUGGAAGUGAUCCGCGGGCUGGCGACGUAGAAGAAGACGCCUCCCAGCUCAUCUUUCCCAAAGAAUUUGAGACGGCUGAGACACUCCUAAACUCUGAAGUUCACAUGCUUCUGGAGCAUCGAAAGCAACAGAAUGAAAGUGCAGAGGAUGAGCAGGAACUUUCCGAGGUCUUCAUGAAGACCCUAAACUAUACAGCCCGUUUUAGUCGAUUCAAAAACAGAGAGACGAUUGCCAGCGUUCGUAGCUUGCUUCUCCAGAAAAAGCUACAUAAGUUUGAGUUGGCCUGUUUAGCCAAUCUUUGCCCAGAGACUGCUGAAGAGUCCAAAGCUCUCAUUCCAAGCCUGGAAGGUCGUUUUGAAGAUGAGGAACUGCAGCAGAUUCUCGAUGAUAUCCAGACCAAGCGCAGCUUCCAGUACUAAUCACCAGACAUUCUCUGCUUUUGAGACUGCUCCGGAACAGCACCAGGUUCCCAAGCCUGUGUCAGCCUCACGGGACACUGCUGCACAAUCGCCGGGGCUUCUCUGUGGUUCUCAAAGUCAUGACAGUUCUGCCUCAGCCUCCCAAGUGCUGGGAUUACAGGUGUGAGGAAAGGCUGGCGUGGCGAUGGUCUAGGUUUCUGUCUCCAUAGUGACUACCAGAUCAGAAUUACUGAGUCUUCUUCUUGCAGCCUUGUAAUGGCUGCUGUGGUCAAGCAUGCUGCAAUCUUGAACCAGUGGGGUAGACAUGUAAAGCAUGUGUUGACUAACUCCUACUGUGGUUUCUUGGGCUCCAUGUUAUUAUUUUUUUUUGUUCUUGACAUUUCAAUUAUAUUUUUGAUUGAUGCAUAUUUCAAAAAAAUCAGUAUUUUGUAUUUUUUGAAGCUGUUAUAUUAAAAACUUGUACAGAGGAAGAAUGUUCUUACCUAUUUGCCAAAGGAGAGAUAAACCAGAACAUUGCCAUUAUGUGAUUUUUUUUAAA